GAGAUGGACAAAUAAAAUACAUGCUUCCAGUCCAUACUGAUUGAAAUCCCACUACAAGAAUUUUUUCUUUUGCAUUACAGAGGCUUGGCAGUAAUAAACCAAAUCUAAACGUGGUUUCAUUUCAACAGGGUUUACUUUCUUACCUGAACUAAGGCUCCAAGCACUACCACAUUACCCCAGUUACUUUAACUACAUUUUUGUUUGCAAAAAUGAAGACGAGCAUCAGAAUGACAGCUAGCUUUGUUGUGAUCCUGGCCCUCCUGAACAUCACUGAGGAGAUGAGCCUAGGUGACAUGGGGUCAGAUUUACGCUGCCGUUGCAUCAAGACGGAGAAACGUCGGAUUGGUAAACAUAUUCUCACUGUGAAAAUCUUCCCUCCCACCUCACACUGCAAAGAUACUGAGAUCAUAGCCAUUCUAAAGAAGAGCAAACAAACGAUUUGCCUGGACAUCAACACUCGCUGGGUGAGGAGAUUGGUUGAGAGGAUGAAGUCUUCAUAAUGACAAACUAAAGUUGUCUGUCUUGUCUCCAUUCAUCCGUCCAUGAUACUUAUGUAAUGAAACACACAUAAAUAUGAUUGUUCAUAAAGAUGGUCGGUUGACAUGCAUUUCAAAUAUUAGGCAUGGAUGUUGUGUUGUGUGAUACUGGCUCAUAGAUUUCCAAACAUACAUGCCUUCUUUAAGAUUUUGUAUUGGAAUCUGAAUAUAUUCACCAAUUUGUUGGAUUAGUGCCUAGAAUUCUCAUUUGGUGUGACAUGAAAGUUAUUGUAUAUAAAAUGAAAAAGGGAUGU